AAAAAAAGGCAAUAAUAGAAAAAGAAAAACCCUUAUGUCCCCAAAUCAGUAAUUCCUGACGGCAAAGGGAGGGUUUUAGGGUUUAAGAGUGUGAGCUACUCAACGAGCACCACCAUUUCCAUUUUCCCUGGGACUGUUACUGUUUGGUGCUUCUGAUUUGCCGACUCUCGCCAUGUGGGCUCUCCGCCGUGCUUCUCUUCCUCUCAGGAACCGAGCAUUCAACAUAGGAACUUCUCGUGUAUGUUGUGCUAAUUUGGAGCUACCAAUUACUGACAGACAUGAGGAUGUUUGUUUCUUUGAGUCCUGUAAAUCAUUGUCUGAUGAAUGUCUGCCUUCCAAGAGACUAUACCACACAACAUGUGUUUCUUGGAACUUCUCCAUGGAUAAACGCAGCCUUUCUUCACAAGCUGGUGCAAAAAGCAAUGGCGAGGAAGAUGACUUGGAAGAUGGGUUCUCUGAACUUGAAACACCAUCUAGUGUUGAAGCAAUUCCAGAGAUCAAUGGAAAUGAUGAAAAUGUAGAUGAAUUAAUUUCUGAACCAGAACUCUCUGAAGUUGAUGAAGAAGUUGAGGCUUCCCAACAUGAGCUGGAGUUGUCAGAGACUGACGAUCCAAGUGAGAAAAUAUUGCGAAAGAAAAGAAACCCUUUAGCACUUUACAAGGCCAUCUUAGCUUUCCCAGGAUUCUCUGUUCAUGGUGCUCUUGAUAAGUGGGUAGAAGAAGGAAAUGAAAUAAACCGGACACAGAUAUCAAUGGCCCUGCUCAAUUUUCGCAGGCGUCAAAUGUUUGGGAGGGCAUUACAGCUUUCAGAGUGGUUGGAGGAGCAUAAGAAGAUUGAAUUUAAUGAAAGAGAUUAUGCAACUCGUCUCGGCUUAAUCGCCAAAGUACGUGGCCUCCAAAAGGCAGAAAACUAUCUCGAGAAGAUUCCAAAAUCCUUUAGAGGUGAGGUAAUGUACCGAACCCUGUUGACGUACUGUGUCUCUACCAGCAAUAUGAAGAAAGCCGAAGAAGUUUUCAACAAAAUGAAUGACCUAGAAUUCCCGGUCACAGCAUUUACUUGCAACCAGUUGCUACUCCUCUACAAGAGGCUUGACAAGAAGAAAAUACCAGCUGUAUUACUGUUAAUGGAGAAAGAAGAUGUCAAGCCAACUGCCUUCACAUAUAAAGUCCUAAUAGAUACAAAAGGCCAGUCAAAUGACAUAACUGGAAUGGAGCAAGUUUAUGAGACAAUGAAGGUGGAAGGCAUUGAGCCAGACAUCAGCACAAAAGCCACCUUGGCUAGGCACUAUGCCACUGGCGGGCUUAAAGAAAAAGCCGAGGUGGUUUUGAAGGACAUGGAAUCUGGAAGCUUAAAACAGAAUCGUUGGGUUUGUCGAUCUUUGCUUCCCCUUUAUGCUGAGUUGGGAAAUGCCAACGAAGUAGGGAGAGUUUGGAAGGUUUGUGAAUCAAAUCCUCUGUUUGUAGAGUGUUUGGCUGCAAUCGAAGCUUGGGGAAAGUUGAAAAAGAUUGAAGAAGCAGAGGUAGUUUUUGAUAAGAUGUUAAAAUCAGGGAAGCAACUUUCUUCCAAGCAUUAUUCUGUGAUGUUGAAGGUGUAUGCGAACAAUAAAAUGCUAGACAAGGGUAAAGAUCUUGUCAAGCAUAUGGCAGAUAACAAUUGCGAGAUUGGGCCAUUAACUUGGGAUGCACUUGUGAAACUCUAUGUGGAAGCAGGAAUGGUUGGAAAGGCUGAUUCUAUUUUGCAGAAGGCUACCCAAAACAACCAAAAGAAGCCACUGUUCACUUCUUAUAUGACAAUUUUGGAACAAUAUUCAAAGAAGGGGGACAUCCAUAACUCAGAAAAGAUAUUUCAUAGGAUGAGACAGGCUGGUUAUACGCCUCACCUUCGUCAGUUUCAAUCUCUUGUUCAGGCCUAUGUAAAUGCCAAGGCUCCAGCUUAUGGAAUCUGGGAGAGGAUGAAAGCAGAUAAUGUCUUUCCCAACAAAUCUGCACUGGCACAGUUGACACAAGUUAAUCCAUUUAAGAAGACAGCAGUGUCGGAUUUGUUUGAUUGAGGAAUCUGAGGUUGCUCCUGCUCUCUUCAGAACCGGUAGUUUAAAUGUCUAGUUCGAAUCCUGGAUCUGUGAGCAUCUAUCUACUAGUAUUAGGUUUAUUUAUGUUUUUCUAUUUAUCCUUUGAAUUAAUCUUAUACUGGAGGAUCUCUUUGUUACUGUAUGAGUCUGACAAAACCUUGUGGGUAUUUAGGGACGUCGUUGCAGCUGCGGUUGAAAGUUUUUGCAGGGCAUGAAUGCGCAACGUCAGAUUCUCAAUGGAAGUUCUUUAGCUCGCCCAUCUCUUCUAGGCAGUAGGAACUCUUGCUUUUUUGACACAUUGGUAUAAAAUCUAUCACUCGACUAUUUUGCUCAUUGUAGUCCAGUGCUGCAUAGAAGCCUUUUGCUUUCCUUCAA